UUCAUGAAUAAAAAACCGAGGGGAGUUAAGUUCACAGGACGCAGGAAAGUUCUCCGCAGACAAAUGUUUGGAGCUCUCCAUGACCGAGUACACGUAGAAAUCCCCGAGAACUGAGCUGCGGGCGCACGGAGGGCUGCACACUCGGAACAAACACAAGGAGACCGGAGAGGCGCUUCACUGAGGGAACAGAGGAAGAGGAGGAGAGAGAGGCUGAGAUAGAGAUCCUAUCUCACUCUCCCAGUUGAGAUCUUCAACGGAUCGCGUCUCAUCACUGCAGGACAAUGUCUAGUAAAGCGACUUUAGCCUUACUCAUCUAUGGAAUCAUAAUGCAUUACAGCGUCAACUGCUCACCUGUGGGGCUUAGCUUUCCCAGUGUUAGACUCGACAGUGAGGUUUAUGAUGAGGAUGGAAACUCCUUGCCGUCCCUGGAUUACGACAGAGACCAAAUGGAUGUGAGAAGCCCCCCGUCCGUCCCUGACGACGUCUACACUUUGUAUUACCCACCAGAGAAAAGAACGGAAAGGCAUGCAGACGGCAUGUUUAAUAAAGCCUACAGGAAAGCGCUGGGUCAGUUAUCAGCAAGGAAAUAUCUGCAUUCUCUGAUGGCAAAACGUGUAGGCGGGGGGAAAACACUGGACGACAGUUCAGAGCCUCUGUCCAAGCGACACUCAGAUGGGAUCUUCACAGACAGCUACAGCCGCUACCGAAAGCAAAUGGCGGUCAAGAAAUACCUGGCGGCAGUCCUUGGGAAAAGCCUUGAAGACAUAGGUUUUCACCAAAUCCUACAAGACAUAGACUUUGAUGCCCUCCCGGACGGGGAUGAGUUUGAGGCUUUUUUGGGAGACUGGCUGAAACAGUUCUCUCCCCAAUUUCCGGUGAGUUUCAGGCUCUUUCCCGAGGCCGUAAUCCUCGCAGGGGCGUCUCAUGCCCCGCCCUUUUCUUCUCACCUUUAACCCUCAAACACUCAACUCUUCUUCCGCCUCAUUAGUGCUCCUGUCUCUCUGAGAGUCUCACAGAUUUUUUUUUAUCUUUAAUCCCACCUUAUCCCACAAUGUGGAAAGUCUUUGCUCAGACCGAUAUGUUAUACAUAUCACUUGAUUGAAAGAUACAGAUUUAUCCUCCUCAUGGAUGCAAAGAUAUUUUAAUAGAUCUGGGUUAGACCAGAUGAGCCCUGUUGGCUUAAAAAACUUUUAAAAUUCCAGUUAUUCAUUUUUUAAGUCCACAUGGGAUUCUUGUCAAAUAAAUAAAUAAAUCAAAAACAAAUCUGAGAUGAGGACCAGAGUACUUCUGAGGUUCUUCUUUUCUUCUGCAGUGUUUACAGAGACACCUUUGACUCAUGUAAAUCGCCAACCUUGUGUUUCUAUCAACUGGUUUCUGCUGAGGGUUUUCUCACGUCUCUCUGCCCAUAUAAUAAGUAUCACUAACAUCUCAAGCAUCAGGCAAAUUUUUAAAAAAGCAUAAAAAAAAGAAGAUACUUGUUACAUGGUGACUUCUCCAUCGAUUUGUUCUUUGUGGGAGACGUACGAGGCAGUUUGAACUUUUGUGUUCUGGGUCUAUUGUGCUUCUCUUUUCUGUCAUGUGAACCAAUGUAAAAACAAACAAACAAACAAAAAAAAAACAGUAGACUGCAUGAUUAAAGCAAUUGCACUAGUCACCGCAUCUGUGCAGACGACUCCAACUAGAUGGUUUUGCUUGCUUUCUGACUACUGCAAACACAUACCUGUCAUCUCUGGAUGUUGUUUUGUGUUCUGUUCUCACAUCUCUACACAAACUGUUUGUUGUCCUCCUUUGGAGAAUUAUCUGAAUGUACGUUACUGCUGGCAAGAAUCUCCCGGUCUAAUGUCAUGCUUUAUCUGUCACUAAACUGAUAUAGGAGCCAAGUGUUAAAUUGUAUAUGAAGAUUGGACGUUUAUAGUGGUCUCUUUCUGUAGCAUGGCACAAAGGCCACAACUGACAUUAGAUUUGAAGAAGAGGAAGGAUGAGAUGCAAGCACACGAGAUGAAAACACAGUUAGAGAUCAAGGAUGGCCAGGAACAUGCUGAUUUUGAAAAGUAGAGUUUCAAAGUUUGUAAAAUCUACAAGACCAGACCAAAAACUGACUGUAAACAAAUCACAUUCCCCCCGUCUGCACACUUCUUAGCAUAUCUGAGAGGAAGGAACACACAUUUUUCAGGAAAAGCGAGUUUUCAAAGCAGCAGAGUAAAAAAAAAAAAAAAAAAAAGUUCUGUGUUUACUGUAUCAAUCUUUCUUUUAAUUUUGCA